AAAAAAAAUAUAAAGAGCCUCUAAUAAUUGAUUUGUAAUUUUUUAAUUGAUAAGGAGACAAUUUAAGCUUUAAGCAAUAGAGUCAAUGCAUCUAAAUCGGUUUUUUUAUUCUUUAAAUAUAAUUCUCCUCACUAACAAAUUCCUUCCCUUUUUUUUAAUGGGAAUAGCCUCUGCUCUCACAAAGUGAACAGUAGUUCUCCCCCUCUGACAAUAUUGUGGAUUGCAGAAAAGCUUAACAUGCAAACGGAAAUUCUCUAGUCAAAAUUGAAUCCCUGAUGACUUGAAUCGAACACACUAAGCCGCAUUUUUGUUUUUUUUCAUUUCCUUUCCUCGUCCAUUCCAAUUCCAAUCCCUCUCCCCUCUAGCAUAGAGCCCUUUCUUCAGUCAUAUCCACCUUCUUCUCACUGCCACUCAUUCUACCCUUCCCUUCCCCUCUUCUUCUUCCUCAGCUAGACACUUUUAGCUCAAUUGUCCUCUCUACCGCCAUUCUCAUUCCCUGCUGAGAUGGUGAAGAAAGAGAGACAGUGAGAGUGUAGACCAAGAGUCAGGGAAAAGAUCUCUGCUGGCUCUGGGUCUUCUCCUAUAGUGUGCAUGAGUCAAAUCUGAUUGAGAUCGAUCAAAAAGGUAGGAGAACCAGAAGGAAGGGGGAGAGAAUGACGUUGGGAAGAAUAGGGGAGGUUCUCCACCAGUGGUAUGAUUUUUGUUACAAGAAAUUAGAGGAUAUGGACAAGUCACUCUCAUGUAAGAAUGACUUUAUAGUCGGAGGUGUAAGAAUGUCCCCAUUUUCCUUUCAGUUUUGUGGGUAAUCAUUUUCCUUCUUUUUGAUUUCUGGGGUGAAGCAGGGACAAAUUUAGUGGCACCCAUGUGUGCCAAGUAAUGUUUUCUCUUUUAUUUUUAUUCUUGGUUUCUAUUUGUUCUUUCUGUGGUUUGAAUGCUAUAGGCUCUGUUGAUCCAUGCUCAUAUAUAAUGGAAAAUUUGAAACUUAAUGGGAUUAAUUAGAUUUUGUUUGGGAUCCGUUCUCUUGUUCUCUUAGGUAGCAUAAGUAGUAAAUAAAUGUGCAUUUCAGAUUUUUCACAUCAAUGGUCAUUGCGUCAAUAUGAGGUUUUGCGAAGAAUUAGUGCUACUUUUUUGAAGGUGUUUGACACAAGUAAGCUGUGGGUGGCUUUUUAGUCUAUUUCUAAUGCUUUAUCCCUUUUUCUUUAUUUGGUCUUAGAUGUUUAAUAGGUUCAUUAAUUCAUAUUGUCAUUUAAUAAUAGCUAAAGAUUCAUAUAAAUAGAAAAAAGCAAUGACUGAGGAGAAAUCUGUGCUUCUGUACUAGAAAAAAAGAAACAUAGUGAUGGAGAGAAAGCUGAAGAAAGAACAUAAGGAGGCAGAGAAACUUGCAAAAAUGAUCACCUAUGGAUGAUAAUAUUUCCUGAAAGUUUUUCAGCUUAAUUUCUUUGUAUAUCAUUAUCUGUUUGUCCUUGGUGUGAAGAAAAAAAAUCUAGUAAUCAUUUCUUUUACCUGGUCUGAUUCCAUUCAUUUAAUUAUCGAUUAUUAUGCAAAUUAUGGACAAAAUUCCCCAACUUCACUAAGUAGUAAUUCUUGCACUUAUUCUUGAUAUGUGGCUGAUAGGAUCCAUAGAUCAAGUAAUUGCUGGACAGCUUCAGGUGUCUGAUUUAGUGUUCCUCUCCUAAUACAAUAACAAUUUUAUU